GAAACCUUUAGUAAAGAUAAAAACUAGAUUAUCUAGAAUCUAGGAAAUUUUAGUAAUUGUUUUUAUGCUUAGAAAAUGUACAUAAUAAGUUAAUGCAUGCAAAUAAUUCUUUAAUAAUAGAUAAUAAUUCAAUUGUGUAUAUAAAUAUCAAAAAAUAGUUAGUUGUUAUCGCAUAUAUUGUAAUGUUUAAAUUGUACCGCGAACGAGGCCCAGUAUUACACAUGUGGCCAUUUUAUCGACAGAAAAUUAUUUCACGAACUGUGUUUCAAUAUUUUCUACGGCCUUUUUCAUUUAAUGUUAAUAUUAAGAAAAGAAGAGUUGGAUUUGUAAUUCUAAAUACCAAUAAAAAAGUCAAGCCUUUAGGAAAUAAUUUUGUUUCAAGUGUAAAAUUGUUAUCUACAAAAAUGAGUGAAGAUAUUUCUUUAUUUACUUUGCCAAAUAAUCAGCCAAUAAUUGCUUUAGAAUGUGACAAUGCAUUUAAUUCAUUAACAAAAAAUGAAAAAUUAUAUGCACAUUAUUUAAGUCAAGCUGCGUGGAAUGGUGGUCUUAUUGUAUAUAUACAAACUUCCCCAGAAUCACCAUUAAUAUUUGCCCUUUUACAUAAAAUUUUCAUAUCUGAAACAAUAAAUGAAUUGAAAAAUUCUGCAUUUAACGCCGGUAUUAGUGAAGAUGAAUUUACAGCAUUUUUAGUAUAUUCUUGUGGAAUCUUUGCAAAUGCUGGUAAUUAUAAAUCUUUUGGUGAUAGCAAAAUAAUACCAAACUUGCCUAAGAAUAAGUUUGAAGCUAUAAUAAAAGUUUCAGAGGCAUAUAAAAAUAAUCCCAAAGAAAUUGGAGAGAUUUGGGAUAAAAUUCAAAAUAUAAUAUAUUUUAUAGAAAGGAAAUUAAAAUCUUUGGGAUUAGGUGAAAAAGGGAUUACAACUUAUUUUUCUGCUAAUUGCACAGACAAAGAUGCAGAAUUAGUUAAUGAUUUUAUGCAAAGUAAAGGAUUAGAAUCUUAUAAUGCUAGAUGUUUUAAAAUAGUGAAUCAACAAAAUGAUUCUGAAACUUCAAAAUAUAUGGACAUGUAUGAAAUCAGAUUGGCUUCUGUAGAGACCAGUAAUGAUACUAAUAUUACACUGUCAGAAGAAGUAUUUAAAAAUGCAAAAUUUGAAAUUACGAGAGGAGACUAUAGUAAACUUUUGAUUCCAGUUGUUGAUAAUCUUCAAAAAGCAAAAGAAUAUGCUGCAAAUGAAAUUGAAAAAAAUAUGUUGAAUAAAUAUAUACAGCAUUUCAAAACAGGAUCUUUACAAGAUCAUAAAGAUGGUUCUCGUUUAUGGAUUAAAGACAAAGGACCAGUUAUAGAAACUUACAUUGGUUUUAUUGAAACCUACAGAGAUCCAGCUGGUCAAAGAGGGGAGUUUGAAGGAUUUGUAGCAAUGGUAAAUAAAGAAAUGUCCAAAAAGUUUGCUACAUUAGUGAGUAAUGCAGAAAAAUUUAUACCAAAACUUCCUUGGGGUAAAGACUUUGAAAAAGAUGAAUAUCUAAGGCCAGAUUUUACUUCAUUGGAUGUUUUAACAUUCUCAGGAUCUGGUAUUCCUGUAGGUAUAAAUAUUCCAAAUUAUGAUGAAAUUAGGCAGUCAGAAGGAUUUAAAAAUGUUUCUUUGGGUAAUGUACUUCCUGCAAACAUGAAAGUGGAUAUACUACCAUUUUUAUCUGAAUAUGAUCAGGCAUUAAUGAAUAAGCAUAGAAUAGCUAGUUUUGAAGUACAAGUAGGUUUGCAUGAACUUCUUGGUCAUGGAACAGGUAAAUUAUUGAGGAAGUUAGAAUCUGGUUCAUACAAUUUUGAUAUAGAAAAAGUAAAAAAUCCUCUUACUGAAGAAUCAAUAAAUAAAUUUUUUUUGCCUGGAGAAACAUAUGAUUCAAAAUUUGGUCCAAUGGGAUCUUCUUAUGAAGAAUGCAGGGCAGAAGCAGUUGGAUUAUAUUUAUCUUUAGAAAAAGAUAUACUGAGUAUAUUUGGACACGAAAAUUCUAAAGCUGAUGAUAUAAUGUACGUUAAUUGGUUAUCUUUAUUAUGGACUGGUUGUGCAAAGUCUUUAGAAAUGUAUCAACCAUCAACUAAGAAGUGGCUGCAGGCUCACUCUCAAGCAAGAUAUGUCUUACUUAGAGUUUGUUUAGAAGCUGGCAGUGAUUUUGUGAAUGUUGUGGAGUCUGAACCAGGAAAGAAUUUAUUAUUAACUGUUGAUAGAACGAAAAUUUUAACAGUUGGUAAAAAAGCAAUUGGAGAAUUUUUAACCAAGUUACAAAUUUAUAAAAGUACGGGUGACAUUGAAGAAGCCAAAAAGAUGUAUAACAAAUAUAGUGAAGUGCCCGAGACGGGACCACAUCCAUGGGAGCGUUGGAGAAAUAUAGUUUUAGCUCAUAAAGAACCUCGAAAGAUAUUUGUACAAUCUAAUACAUUUGUGAAUGGUGAAAAUGAAGUAAAAUUAAAAAACUAUGAACCCGAUUUUGCUGGAAUGAUUCAAUCUUGGAUAGAAAGAUUUCCCUCUGCAGAUGUUUCACAAGUUCUUAUUGAACUUUCAGAAAAAGAUAAACAACAUUUCACGCUUGAAAACUAAUUAUUUGAUACAAAUGUUGGUAAAGAGAAUGUUUAUAUAUGUACAUAUGGAUAAAAACCAUAUACAUAUAUAAUUAUGAGGAAAUGGUUUAUUUCUUAAUAAAUCUUAAUAAAGUAUCCUAAUAAGAUUAAAUAUAUUUGUAAAAUUACAAAUUUUUAUUACUUUAUUGUGUAUGUAAUAGAAAUUAAAUAUUUGUACAUUAUAUUUUAUGAAAAAAAAUUUCUACAAAAAGCGUUACCACUCCGUAGAAUUUAGCAUAUUUGAAUAUAUGGCGCGCAUUUUUUCUGUCCAUGUAGUAGUAGAUUCUAACUGCGCAUGUAUAUUAAUUUGUCAAAUUGGCGGGAAAAACCUGAAGAACAGUUGUGUGUUGUGUGGUAAAAUGGUGUCGGAAGAAUCGUUAAUUUCGUGCUUCUCUAAUUUAGGAUGUGAUAUUUCCGAUAAAUCUGUGAUCGAUAAAUUUAUGGGUAGCAUAUACAAUUCCACAAUCUUUAAAUAUUAAUCCAACAAUAGACAACCUUAUUAAAUUUGAAAAGGAAGAUUUAGAAAAAAUCAACAAAUGUUCUUUAGAAUUUUCUACCCAAACAAAUAUACAUCUUGAUACACAAUCUAAAGAAGAAAUUACCAAACUAAAAGAGCGAGGAGUCCAACUACAGAGACAGAAAGUAACAGUAAAUUACGAGCAGUAGAUCAUACGUUUACACCGUCAACUUAUACACCGAAAUCAGAUGCUCCAAUACGUGCACCCAGUACAGCCGUUAGGGGUAAAGUUCUUUUGCUUUUCGGCCCUGCUAUUCACAAUUGGAAAAAAGAAAACGAGUUUGAUAUAUCGAUCGCUAAGGCGGAGAAUCCUCAUGUACCGAAGGAUGCAGUAUAUAUGUAUGAAAUGCUCUCCAAUCAAGGGGCCAUUCUUACCAAGCAUUGUCAAUGCUUUGGUGAGCGACUGUGCUAUAUUUGGAACACUGUGGAACCUCCUAAUUUCAAUAUGCAUUACGUGAGAAACAUAGCGCCUACAAAACCAGUUGCAUUUAGAACAUGGGGCAGAAUACUUGUAACAGUUGAAAAAUCUACUGGCAGGAAAAUUGUUAUGCUGGAGGGCACUAAAAGACUUAAAGCUAAAAAAAAUGCUCCCAUUUUAUAUUUGGAUCUUAAAGGAAUUAAACAUUAUUCGGUAUUUUCUGGUCAAAUAGUUGCUGUCGAGGGUAUUAUCGCAACUGAGGAUACUUUAAUAGCAAAAAAGUUGUUCGUUAAGGGGUAUGCACCAAUAUUCGAUAUACCAAAAUUAUCGAAAGAUAUUAAAAUUUACGUUGCGGUUGGUCCGUUUACAACUUCUGAUAAUUUGAGUUAUCAACCGUUAUGGGAUCUUAUGGAACAUGUUGCAGAAAACGAACCUGACGUAUUAAUAUUAGUUGGACCUUUUGUAGAGUACACACAUUCAGAAAUUAAAAAAUGUACUUUAAAGGAGACUUUUCAAGAUUUUUUUGAUAUCCUUUUGUCGAAGAUUUUAAAAUAUUUGCAAGGGAAAUCUACACGCAUUGUAUUAGUAUCUUCUAAUCGUGAUGUACAUCAUCAUCCGGUUUUCCCAACACCAGAAUUUAUUCUAAAUACAAAUAAACUUGGAUCAAAUGCGGCGAAUAUUUACACCAUGCCAGAUCCAUGCACAAUAAACUUAAAUGGUUUACACAUAGGAGUAACAUCGGUCGAUGUAUUUAGACAUCUUGUACAGCAAGAAAUAUCGAAUGCACCUGGAACGGAUAGGCUCGGUCGUUUAGCCGACCACUUAUUAUCUCAAUCCACAUUCUAUCCUGUAUAUCCUCCUUUUCUCGGUUUGAAUCUUGAUAUUAGACUUUGGAAACAAUACGCGUGUUUUGAAAAGCAACCACAUAUAUUGAUUUUACCUUCCGACGUCAAGCAUUAUUGCAAAGUGUUAAACGAAUGUCUCAUUUUAAAUCCAGAACGAUUACACAAAUAUAUCUAUGCUAAGUUAUGUGUACGACCAAUGAAUAACGGGAAAUGGGAUCCAAACCAAGUAUCUUGUGAAAUUGCAAAAAUCUGAUUGUUCGUAUUUCUAUUUUCUUAUAUUUUCUCAGAUUUAUUUGUUAUUGCGAUGUAAGAUCCAAUAAUUAAAAUUUAUUGUUUAUUAUCUGAGAUAUGUUAAUAAAAAGAACUUGUGUGUUUUUAGUUUCAUGCUUUUAUUUAAAAAAGAAUAAAUCGCGC